AUGGGCCUCUCAAUUUCCAAACUCUUCCAGGGCCUCUGGGCCCACAAGGAGAUGAGGAUCCUGAUGGUCGGCCUCGACGCAGCAGGGAAAACCACUAUCCUGUACAAAUUGAAAUUAGGGGAGAUUGUUACUACUAUUCCCACUAUUGGAUUCAACGUGGAAACGGUGGAAUAUAAGAACAUCAGUUUUACGGUGUGGGAUGUUGGGGGGCAGGAUAAGAUUCGGCCGUUGUGGAGGCAUUAUUUUCAGAAUACGCAAGGGAUUAUUUUCGUGAUUGAUUCGAAUGAUCGGGAUCGAAUCGGCGAAGCCCGCGACGAACUGCAACGAAUGCUCAACGAAGACGAGCUCCGGGACGCGGUCCUUCUCGUCUUUGCCAACAAGCAAGACCUGCCGCAAGCGAUGAACCCAUCGGAGAUCACCGACAAGCUGGGCCUGCACGCGCUCCGACAGCGGCAGUGGUUUAUCCAGGCGGCGUGCGCGACGACGGGGGAUGGGCUGUAUGAGGGGUUGGAGUGGUUGAGUAGUAGUUUGAAGACGAGGGGUGGGUAG